UUCGCUCGCGUUUAGUCGCUGCGAUACCCGAUUCACGUGACGGCCGUCGAUCGAGCGCGCCUCGAUCAACGCUCUCUCGGAGUCUCGUCGCUCGACGCUCUCGCUGUGCCUCGCAUACGCUUCCAACAGGUCGACGUGCGCUCCGUGUAUACGUGUACGCGUGACAUACGUGCUUGCCUGCCUACCUGCGUGCCUACCUGCGUGCGUGCGUGCGUGCGUGCGUGCGUGCGUGUCUCCGUCUGAUAACGAGCUUCGGGGAGAAAGAGAAAAAGAGCACGCACGGGAUAAAGCCGCUCGUCUGCUCCGGCGCCAACGGCUUAACCUAUUUGCCUGUCUGCUCCGAGGAAGAGAAGAAGAUAGGGACUUGUUUAUCGGGGGAACGAGCUGGGAGAUCGUCGCUUUCUGGGCCCGAUGCCUGUCUCCGGAGGACCGUCUUCGUGUUUUCGUCGCUCGCGCUCUGUGUGAUGCGAAAGAACGGAGCCUCGUUGAACCUGCUGCCCGCGGCAGGUGAGGGCUGACACGAGGUCGCGUCGAGGAAGGGUCGAGAAAUCGGGAGAACCGACCAUUCGACCGUUACUCUAUUCCCCGGGCGUGUGUGUCGGCGAACACGUCGACGAUCCAUUAAAUCACCGGAUGAGGAUCGUCCAUCCGCGGCGUGGAGGGUCUCGAAGGUGGGCAGAUGAUGGUGCGUUUGGACGUCCUGAAUAAGUAGAGAGACAGAGAUAAAGGUGAAAUAAAAGGAAAAACGAAGAAGAAAAUAGAUACACACGGUCAGUCCCCUCCCCGCAGGGUCAACGAUCGCGCAGAUCUCUCUACGUGCUCUCCUCUCGCCACGGGCGUAUCCGCGGACCGGAGCACGUAACACGUAUGUACACGCACACACACACACGUGCACACGCCUAUCAACGUGGUGGCACUCGCGUUUCACGAGAGUGACCGCGUCGGCGUCCGUCGUCUCGACGUCGGGAGUGAAAAGGCGGUCGACCGUACGGCUGCUUUCACCGACGAGCCGCGCCGCUGGAAUAAUGCCGCCGAUCGCGCUUUAACGCUCCGUCGCGUCGCCCCGUGCCUUGGUGAAAAAUGACGUCCACCUGCCAAUAAUCGCGCCACCCAGCAGGUAUAUUCCUCCUCUCUGGUAGCUGGUCGUCGUCGUCGUCGUCGUCGUCGUCGUUGUCGGCGGCGGUGGUGGUUUCAUUCGGUGAGAGAAUUCGUGCGGAACGACAACGAGUCCGCGGCGAGAGGACCGAGUCGAUCGUGCCGCAAAUUGGACGGUCACCCGGUGUAUACGGCGCGAUCGUCAAACCGACGGUGUUGCGAGAGGAAAGAGAGACAGAGAGAAAGAUAAAGAGAGAAAGAGAGAGCUUUAUUCCCUUCGCGGCGUUGUGGAAUUUGCGGACACCGCAGCAUAACCUUCAACGACCUCGUCGGUGUGUAAUAUUAAGUCGACAACGGCGGGAUCGCCGCGAUAGUCGUGACGCGUCUUCUCUCGCGGACACGAAACGACUCUUGGAAGCGAAUCUCCGGCGUAUCCCCUAAGUCGUGAGAAUCUAAUCUCGGUGGAUAACGUGAUCCUCGGUGACCUCUUCGGCUGUAACAACAAGUUGUACGCGAGUGGAAGCUAUCGGUCGGUGCGAGUCGGAACCUGUCGGCCAGAUUCGUCGGUUAGUUCCUUCAUUCGUUCGCUGUUAUCCCUCGGAAUCUGUGUAUACAUAUUCUAUGCGCGUCGUCUUAACCUUCGGCGAUCUUACCGGUAUAAGAUAUCAACUCCCCGACGGCUUCGCGGAACUGCGAACUUCCACGACGUCUUCCCGACGCGGUCGCGGUGCGGAAUCAGCAUAUACCUCGUCAUUUUCGCUUGACCUUCCACGACCUCGCGGCUCGUUAACCCGGCGGUAACAGUGACGAACCCAACGACAGGAAACAGUUUCAGCGGUGAAUAGAGCGGUGAAUAUCCGAUCAAGCGAGUUGAUCCUCGGUGACGUCGCCGCAAGGUACACGAACUCGUCGUUUCCGACGUAUCUUCUCUCUCUAUUUCUGUCUCCGCGCGAUGCUCAGCGCGCGAUUGUGAAAACGUCUCGGCCACACGGACGUACGUGGUGAUUCCGAUUAGCAUGGAAACAGCCGCCAAGAUGUACAUCAGCAACGAGCCGCAGAACGGUCACACGACCACAAAGUACGCCUCGACCAACUCGAUCCCGGCGAUGAUUCAGGAGCAGGAGUCCUCCUUGGCGAGGAUCCUCGGCGCUGUCGGCAAACAGCGCGAGAACGCCGCAGCUAUCCUGCGGGACGGCAAGGCUCGCCGACACAGUGUCCUGGAGGACCUGAAGGCCCGACGGGAUAGUCUCUUCCAGCGAGCCCGCAGAGCCAGCAUGUUUGGCGAUGAGAAAGAGAAUGCCAAGGAUAACGGCAAGGACAUCACGAAGGAGAAGCCUAAGGAGAAGAGGAGGAGCAGCGACACCGGUAGCGGCAGGAGAGGCUCGGUGUUCUAUGUGUCGGAAGAUCUGCUGGAGGAGAAUCACGAGAUCCCGGAGAGCGAGGACCGCGCCCAAGCGGCGCAGGAGGCCAAGAAGGGACGCCGGAAGUCGUGGCAUCCGCUCGCGAAGCCGCCCAAGGUGGAUCGCAAGAGGCGGAAAGGUGUGGUCGCACCGUCACAGACUGGCAGCACCGAAGGGCUCUAUCCGCAGGCCCGGCAGAAGAGGCCGUCCUGGUGGAACAUCUUCGUGCCGGACGCGGUCACCAGGUCCAGGCGAAUGUCCCAGGAUGUCACGACGUCAAGAUCCACGGACAAUCUCACAUCGUCGUAUUACAGGAGCAAGAGCCGUAGUGUGGACCACGGAUUUACGGCGCCUUUCGAUUUGGAUUCCUUGCGGAACAAGGUCGAAGGACGCUUCGAAUCGGUGGACAAGCUGUCAAAAGAUUCCGACAACGAGAGCAAGGAUGGCUCCACGGUGCAGGAGAAGAAGCACGGCCGUGUCUCUCAGCCCAUCAACACCAUUGCCUACACGGUGGGCGACAGAGACACGCUCACGUCGGUGGCGGCGAGAUUCGAUACGACACCGUCCGAGCUGAGCAAAUUGAACAGGCUCGGAAGUACUUUCAUUUAUUCCGGCCAGCAAUUAUGGGUGCCGGCGAAGGGGGAAGGACGCCCGGGUGGCGGAACGACCACUGAUGCGCCCAGCCCCGAUCCUUGUCACGACCACGAGUCCCAGGACGAUCUACCGCCCGAGGAGAAAGAGCUCCUGGACAAUCUGAGACCAGUGUCACCAAAGCCAGGCCAUAUGGAGCGCAUAAAGACACCCCUUGGGACUUCCAGCGUAGGUACAGAGGAGGAUGAGCAACCAUUUAGAGAAAGGUUUCUCAAGAUUAAUGUUCGGCAUAUCACAGAUGGUCAGGGUGUGGUAGGUGGUGUGCUGUUAGUUACGCCAAAUGCAGUCAUGUUCGAUCCAAACGUGUCAGAUCCUCUUGUGAUUGAGCAUGGUGCUGAGUCUUAUGGGGUGAUUGCACCAAUGGAGUUUGUAGUCAACGCUGCGAUUUACUAUGACAUCGCGCACAUGAGAGUCUCCCACACCGAAGCCGGUAAUUUGGAUAAGAAACCUGAGAUUUACUACAUGAAGAAACCCCAAGUGGAUAAUCGUAAGUGUCAGUCUCCGGGGAAAGAGGAAAAUUUCCCUGAACUGGCGGGCGACGACAGUGAGAGCGUAUGUAGCAGUGCCGAGAGAGACGGCGAUGCUUUUCCAAAGGCCUUUGAACGAGAGCUUGUCACUCCCACAAAUCUCCAAACUGAGGAGACCUCAACCUCGACCAAAGAUAAAGAGAAGGAGAAAGAUAAUGGCGAGAAAGAAUUUUGCAGCGGCGGUCAAGGUAGCAGAACGUUAGAAGAGCGUAGACGCUCUAUGCUGGAUCAUCAUUGGGCAGUUCCUAGCAAAGAUCGGAAUACAUUUUCUGUUGACGAUGAACAACAAGACUCGCUAAAUUCCGAUAAGGCGGAGCCGGCGAAAUCAAAUGCCAUUCCUGAGGACGAAGAAGGAUCUCUAGUCAAAUUGUCGUGCCAUGAUUCUGGUAUCGAUAUCCGCGAGCCGAAUCCACCUAUUCCGAUAGUACAACCUAUGCCAUCGAAAAAGGUGUAUUCAGACGCGGAUAUUGUAUUAUCUUCCGAUUGGGUCCCUCCAAUAACGAUAGCACCAACGAACAUUACGGGCUCGUUGGAGACAGGCUCUGCUAUUAACGGCAGGAAAAAGGCCAGCUCGGUGUCCUUUAGUUUAGAGAGUAACGCGGAAGAGCAAGAGAAGGAUGAAGAACACAAGGAGGACGAUAAACAGGAAACUCGGAGGAACAAGAUGCUGAAACGUCUAUCGUAUCCGCUGUCUUGGAUGGAGGGUUUAACUGGAGAGAAAGAAGAUGAGAGCAAAUCCAUUUCUGAUAAAGUGUCGAGCCUUCCGAGCAGCGCGGAUUCCCAUCACUCUUCCGUCUUCAGCAAAGUUUUUUCAAGCUCGCCGAUCAACCUGGUGAGUGACUUUAGCUCGGGCCUGUUUGCUAAAACCCCCAGCGAAGAGAGUGGCGGGGGCGGUAGAGCGGGUGGAACUCCUCCGCUCACCGCCUCCUCUCUCUCCCAGGACUCCAGCAAUCCUCAGUUCUCACCUGGUCCAGGAGGCCUCAUCGGGCGCUCGUCCGUGGGUACUUUUAUCAGGCAACAACCAUUGACAUCCUCCGGCAGCAGUAGCGUCGACAGCAGUCGAGGCAGCAAGACCUCAACGGCACCGCGAUUGGACUAUCGCAGCAUGGUCUCGGUCGAGGAUAUGCCGGAGCUUUUUGUGAGUUUCGACAAACUGAUCCCACGACCGGCUCGUUCCUGCGAAGACCCACCAUUGUACCUGAGACUACGCACAGGUAGACCGAAGGACAAGAAGAUACCGCGUUCUACGCCGAUAAUGAGCUACGGGAAGAAGAAGCUGCGUCCCGAGUACUGGUUCAGCGUACCGCGCAACAGAGUGGACGACCUAUAUAGGUUCAUUCACGCGUGGGUGCCGACGCUCUACGGCGAGCUCGACGAGAAUUACUGGCGGGAGCGCGGCUACAUCCUGUCUGACACUGACACGGACCUGUCGCCGGAACUGUCGCCGCACGAGGCCGGCGAGGGCGCAGAUUCCACGGAGGAGGGCAAAACUCGCGGUCACGAAGGCGAUGAGAUCACAGAGCUGACGAGAGAGUCCUGGGAGCUGAUCAAGGCCCCCUACGUAAAGCUGUACAGCAUCCUGAAGACUUCGAGCACGUCGGCCGAUUCCGAGCAGAUCCAGGAUUCGGAGGUACUGUCUAUGAGCGAGGAGUUCAGGCGAGCUCUCUACGCGAACAGUGCUGUCUCCCUGGACAACGACGUCAUCGUGCCGGACCUGAUAGGCACGACGGAGAUACUCAGCGAUGAGCACAGGGAACAACUGUGUCGUCACCUGCCCGCGAGGGCGGAGGGUUAUCAGUGGACCCUCGUUUUCAGCACCAGUCAGCACGGCUUCAGUCUCAAUAGCAUGUAUCGGAAGAUGGCAAAGAUCGAGAGUCCGAUCCUAUUAGUCAUCGAGGACACUGAAGGCAACGUGUUCGGUGCGUUGACCUCGUGCUCCCUGCACGUGAGCGACCACUUUUACGGUACCGGCGAGUCCCUGCUCUUUAGGUUUACGCCAAGGUUCCAGUCUUUCAAUUGGACCGGGGACAACCUAUACUUUAUCAAGGGCAACAACGAGAGUCUAGCGAUCGGCGCCGGAGACGGCAAGUUCGGGCUGUGGUUGGACGGCGAUCUAUACCAGGGCAGGACGCAGUCCUGCAGCACGUACGGCAACGAGCCGUUGGCGCCGCGCGAGGACUUCGUCGUCAAGACGUUGGAAUGCUGGGCUUUCAUAUAGGACACGGCCUCGUACCCCCAGCCCGCUCCUUUGCCCUUGCCGCAGCCUAACUUGACCUGAACUCUCGAGCCUCGCGUAGGUUUCGCCCACCACUCCCUCAGGAGAGAUUAGAGGAAGACUAACGAUUCUAAGAGACUUUACCGGAGAGGACGGAAUCGUAUCAGACGUCGCGAUACCGAUUAGCCCAAUUGUCAUCAGCACUUUGGGGAGUACCCGGUACUGUCAGGCAGGCUGAUUCCGCCGGGAAGUAAGGAGAAUCGUCAGUGUCCGUGCGCAAGGACAACGACGAAUGAUAUUGGCUCGAGGCGACGCUGGUGAAUCGAAGGCGACGAUGUAGCCUCGAAAGGGAUAUAUGUGGUCGGCAAACCAGAAAAACGAAAAAAGAAAAAGGAAAGGCUGUUGUAGUCCGAAGUUACGCGAUUGGUAGCGGGCUAUUAGAGACGCGCGCGAGUACGUGUAUCGCGUAACUGCUGAUCAUUGUUGAUUUUAUUAGCCACUCUCGGCUCUUGUUUCUUUCAUUUUUCUUUUUUAGUUGGCGUAUUUAUUUUAUUUUUUUUAUAUGUAUCCAUAUACAUGUAUAUAUUCUGCUGCGAGCGACUGCGUCGAUUUGGUCUUGAUUUGCUUUACGUUUGCAUCCGCGAAUCGUUCGAGAGUUGAAGAGUUAUUAUUAUUAUAUUCAUACGAUGAUCGUUACUUCGAACUAGUCGUGAAUAUAUGACACAUUUUAAGUAACUGCUACAACGUCGAUAAGAGGUAAUUGCGAAGAUAUUGAUGUUGAUGAUACAAUGUGACGAGGAAAAUAAUGAUAAUACAAUAAUAAUGAUGAUGAGUAUAACGAUGAUCGUGGAAGAAUGAGUGUGAAUGUGAGUUUGAGAACGAUAUGUGGAUGGAAUGAAGUACUAGGCGAGAUAUAACGUUUUGGCAGGAGACGAUUAACGAUUCAAUACGAUGAAAUGCUAAAAAAACUAACAGUUUGUUGAUGUGUAGAUAAUGUAGAUAGUAAAUGUAAAUAUAUAUAUACCAUGAUCGUGUUGCAAUGAUUAAUUUUAACGGUACAAGUAGAGAGAACUCUUUGCGGAACACUGUGUAGCUCAUCAUGUAUAAUCCAAGGAGACGUUUACGAACACACACGAGGACAUACACGACAUAUAACAUAUAUAUAUACAUACAUACACAUGAGGAUUGUACACAGAUACGGGAAGCGUGCUCUCAGGCACGCGACCGGAUGCGAUGAUCUGAUAAAAUAAAGAAUAAGUAGUUUUAGAAAGAGAAAGGAGAAGAGAGAGAAAGAGAGAGAAAGAGUAAGAUCUCGUACCGAUAUCCUACAAUUAUACAUAUAUAUAUAUAUAUAUAUAUAUAUAUAUAUAUAUAUAUAUACAUAUAUACAUAUAUACAUACAUACAUAUAUAUAUAUAUAUAAAUGAAUAUAUAUAUAUCGUACAUGUGUGUGUAUAUAUAUUAUACACACACACGUAAAUUGGACGAGAAAGUCAACGAUGCAAAAUUACAAAAUCGAGUCAGCAGAAGUGUGUAUUCGUGAAUCUUGUCAGUAAAUUACAUAGAAGUAAAUUAAAUUAGUAAAUGUGCUUUGGAGUCACGAGUGACCACAACGAACACAUGCCUGUGCCUGCUUCGCUCUCUUUGUCCCCCUCCGCCAAGUGUCAAAACGCGAUGUCAAGCGUGAAUUUUGUGCGUGAACCCCCAACUCUUCCCGCCUUUAAACUUGCUAUACCAGUAUACACUCGGCACUGUGGAUACCUGACAAUUUAUUAGAUCCAUAAUUACAAAAGACUCUUCGACCAUCUAUGUUUGUUUCUAGCUACUCGUUUCUCAUGACUGUAAUUGAUCGAGAAGACUGGAAUGUAUUUAAAGUAGAACUAAUAUUUUUACAGCAUAAUGUUUCGUAUGUGUCAGUGAAGAAAGUCAUUCACGCGUAGCGCGCAAUCAGCAGAAGAAGAGCAAAGAGAUGCUAAAAUAUAAGGAUAUAUUAUAAUAAAUUAUAUAUAUAUAUAUAUAUUUUAUACAUAUAUAAUUAUACAUUAUAAUACAUACAUAAUACAUACAUCAUAUAAAUACAUAUAUAAUUUUGUAAUAAAAUACUUAUCUUUUCUAACGUCCUUAGUCUUUUGCUGAUUGCGCAUUACAUUUGAGCGAUUAGUCGUUUUUACUGACGCGUGCGAAAAGUCAAGCUGUUGAAGUGUCACUUCCGCUUCGAACACGUUCCCAAUUUCUCGAUUAAUCGACAGUCACGGGAAAUGUGUCGCUAGGAACGAACGUGGCGGAUCAAAAAUUUGUAGUAGCUAUUGAUCGAGUGAAUGGAUAAGACCUGCGUGAUAGCGAGUGUACGAAGAGAAACCCCCGAUGUGUGAGAAGGAUCGAUCACACUAGUAGUAACGCGUCAAACGGAGAAAUCAUCGAGAUCGUCGCGUAACCGCUCGUCCCGAUGCUCUUUUGAACCUAGUCCAACUUUGUACGACCGUGUUAACGUGUUAUACAUGCAACAUACAAUCACACACACACACACACACACAUACACAUUGUCCGAGCUUAAUAAUCUGUCGCGCGUCGCGAUGAGACGAACUUUAGGGCACUUGCAAGCCUCGUCGACUCGACUGGGAACGAAAUUUUGUACGCGCGCGGCAACGCAACGAACAGAGCAGCAACAAAGCUAAGCGAUCCGCAAGAUUCUUUUUUUCUCGCGAGACACGUGAGACGGUCUCUUGUCGCGCGAAAAGAAGCGUCGGGUACUGCCGGGUACUGUCGGUACUGCCGGCAGUCUCAGUAUAUCGGUAUAUCGCAUUGUGGGCAUCGGACGAACUUUUCUAGCUACGUUAAGCUCCACGAGCAUUGUGCCGAGUUGCAAUCGUUUGAAGGCCCAACUUUGGCACGUGACUCCGCUGACUCUCGCGUCGCGUCAACCUCGAGACGGAUCGCGUUUUAUAUUAACCACGUUAUAGACGUAAAUAAACGACGCCGCCGCCGCCGUGUAUCUCCUCCAUCUUCCCGCUCCUGCCCUCGAAUCCUUUCUUCCCGCCUUUCCUCUCCGUUUCCCAUACAAUUACUCUAGAUACAAUAUUUGUACUCAGCGACGUACGCGUUGCAUCGUUUCUAUACGAUUUCGGAUCUGCGAAUCUAAUCUUAACGACGCGUCUCUCUUUCUCUCUGUCGGUCGUACGUCGAGUAACGUAUCGUCGGCAGAGAGACGCGCAUAAAUGCGACGACCAAGAGUGCUUAUUAUACUAACACGUGAGCACAAUAAAACACACGCAGAAAACUUUGGAUCUAUCUUUACCUAUUUCUCUCACUUCUCGCGUACAUACGACUCGCGUACAUACACAAACAUACACAUGCAUACGUACAUUCACAUACACUCAUUCUCUCUCGAUGCAGUCGCGUCAUCGGAGAACGUUCGAAAGACUGAGCGGCCGAUCCAAGAGAUUCCAAGAGGAGACCCAAGUGUUCGCGCACUGGUUAUAAGACGCACUAUAAAAAGGAAAGACCGAACAAACACGUGGUCAAAGCCGCCGAUUGGGCGAUUGGACGGAGCACGGUGCGACACUUUGAAUGAGAAUUUCGAUUAGGGCUUACAAGGACCCGCGUGUAAUUUCAGCGAGCUUUGAGCUGCUCCGUGCUGCAAGCGUAAAGAGGUCUGGGAGAGCCAUACGUCGGUAGGGGAUUGUCGAAAAUCGCGACUGGUCGCAACGUGAGCCUCCUGCUGCGCGUUUGCAGCAUUGAGCAACCUCGGCCGGCUCCGCUGGAAGUCAUACCGAUCCUCCAACACUCGAUACGUUUUCGACGAAGCACAAACGUGAUGUCAGUGUCGAUGUGGUAGCACCUACCGGCUUGCUAGGGGGCUAGUAAUCUGGAACUUGUACACCUACCUAAAUGCAAGGCACACGAUAACAAUGUUGCAUACGAUUAGCGUUGCCUAGAGCGUAAAUUAGAGACUAGACGUAAUCAUGUGAUAUUAAGUAAACGAGAGCGAGGUGUUGCGCUCAUAGAUGAUUUGUCGAGUCGCUUCGAUGGUACCACACGAUUGCACGCACUCAACGUCGUAUACAUACAUCUCCAUCCCCCACACAUCACACACACACACACACACACGCGCGCGCGCGCAUAGCUCGAGAUAGAGGUUCUCUUCCGCUUCCUCGAAGCGUGCAUUUGACAGUCGGAACGUAGCUCGAGGCAUGUACCAGGACACAGUCUGUCGUCGGGUUCGAAAGCGCGGUCUGGAUGAACGCUCAAGUUAUUACACGUACGUGAAAACGAGAAAGCAAAAUAUGUGCAUCCAACAGCAGGUGAUAAGCCACAAACAAGAAGUUUAUAAAGAAAAAGAAAAGAAAAUGAAAAAAAAAAGUACUCAUGAUCCUCGCCUUAAUGUCAAGAAUCAAGAAUUCGAUGUACAUUGUAACGAAAAAAAUAAAAAAUCAAGUAUGUCUGGGAAAACGAACUUUUCGUUCAUUCUUUCGUGUUUUGUUCCGCCGCUCGCGUAUUUAUAUGCGCUGUGUGUGUAUGUGUGGCGCGCGUGUGUGUGUAUAUGUGUGUAUAUGUGUUUCGUUGUCGCCUAUCGUUUCGUUGCAAUUUGUCGCAGCCGAAUCGGUUUACAUGUUAUAACAUACACAAUAUACAGCCUGAAGCACGUAACUGAAACCACUUCGUAAGAAGCCACUUUGUUUUAGAAUCGUAACGAUGGAUCGUUAUAAACGUAAUAAAUCAGAUUCGUUUGAGAGUUAUUGCCUAACAUGGUUGAAUUUGUUUUAAUAUUACUUUCAACUUUUAUUACAGAGAAUGAAAGUUGAUUUUCAUUUAAAACAAAAGAACUGAAAGUGAUCUUGAAAUCUUGAAAACUGCAAGCGACAAGUAAAACUGGAAUGAUGAAUUGUGUAGCCGCCUUCGUCGUAUCAUGCAAUAUUCAAUAUUGGAAUCAACUCUCAACUAGAUUCAAUAUUCACGGCAUUAUCGAAGUGGUUCCAGUUACGUGCAUCAUCCUGUAUGUGUCGUAAUACACGCGACCUCCUGGUCGGUUGACGCGCUCCCGGCGAGACGAGCUCGAUAAAUUUAUCGAACAAAUUUCAAGCGCCGUGCCGUGCACCGUAUCGAAUUCUACGAAUUCGAGCCGAAGAGGAGAAGCGCAACGGGAGAGAACGUUUGUAAGUUUCACUUGACAUGUUUAGGAUACCAGAUAAUGUCCGAACAAUUGAUAGCUCUGUCCUGUGCGCGUGCGACGGUGUGCGAAGCCGUCGUCCUCGCCUCGCACGCGCGCGAGUGAGCGAAUUACACGUUACCGGAUACGUCAGUGCGAGCGAGACGCUCUUCGAUGUCAUCCGAGUGUAGCCUGCUCUUCUCUUCUUCCACGAAGCGUCUUCUGUAUCAAACUUGUAGGAAUACGCGACAACAGAUGUUAUAUCCGAGGAAAAAGUACUGCCUCGUAGACGUAGACUAAGACAUGUAUCCAGUGGCGGAUUGCUAAAUUACUGUUUGCCAGGCGCGAUAGGCGUCCGGGAGUUCUUAUACAAGGGGAGGUCUCCACAUAAAUAAAUUGUACUAUUAAACAAAUUUCGUGAAGUCUCAGACGAGAAACGCGGCGGGUAUACUCGCGAGUGUAACCCUUGCUCCGUUGUGCUUUCUAAGUAAAGAUUGUAACCAAAGUCAUAAUCGAAAUCUUAAUCAAGAUGAUAAUCAAGAUCUUUCUAAGUAGAGAUCAUAAGUAAUUAGACACGGCUCUUGUGAAAACGAAACUCAACGCGAUGAGGCGGCAAGGCUUGCUGCUCCCUUUCGUGUUGAAUUUCCUUUCUAAGUAAGAUAGUUUAAUGUUACGCGACGCGCGUGGAUACUUAGGGCUUCUGAAUCGCACGACGUUUGACACCUCGAGAUGUCUCGAUCCGCCACUGGACAUACCGAUCCGGAAGGCUGUCCCGACUACAGCGAAACGACUUUGACGUUCUCUACUGCGCGCACAUGCGAGUGCAUUCUUCUCAGUGCGCAUCUACGCGAGACUUCUUCGAAAAAUCGCCACAGGAUCAAUUGUCAUGCUAUCGACAGCACGAUGAAUAUCGCGGUGGUGUGAGAGAAACGUCUCGAUGUUACUGUGCGCGUGUCUCUGUUGGCGGGCGCGUCGGCGUGAAUUAACAUUGUAGAUAUUCCGAGCUUGGAUGAUCAAUGUCACUUCGCUGCUUAGCGGCUUCUGGGUUCAUAUUGCAGAAUGAUAUCGGUUGUACUAUGUCCAAGUGUCUAAACAGGAGUAUGCGGAGUGUCUCGUCGAUACCGCCAUCAGUUUUCGAUGACGAACUAUUGGGCGAUUUAGAAGUCGUCGUUGAGACGAGUGAGGAUCAGAGCUGCGAGUAAUUGAUUACUUUUUAAAUUAGUUAUCGUGUUUAAUUUACGAUCAAUACGAGCUAUUUCCAUCGAAUAAUUGGCAAUUGAUUUCAACAAAUUUAAUCGAAGAUCAUUCAAUUGUUAAUUGAAAUAUCUUUGAUGCCUUUCGCUCAUAUCAAUCGUCAAUUGAACGGUCUUCCAUUGAAUUCGAUUGAUUUUGCUCAAAUCGAUCGUCAAUUAGUUAAAUUAAAACAUUUGUUCAAAUCAAUUAUUAAUUUGAGAACAAUUUAAUUGACAUUUUUACAAUUCCGGUGAGAAUUUAACGAGAGACUCCAUAUCGCAGAAAUGCUCAAAGAAAACUAAAUCGGGUAUACAAAUAAAAUCCUGUUCUUCAAUUUCUCUGGAAUGUAUUUUACCAAAAAUGUAAUUCAAAACUCUGACAACAAAAGUUGAACGAUACGUUCGAAUCUAUGAAAUUUCAUCGAAAAGGAAAUGCCAGUCGAUCUGUUCUUUUAGCUGUAUGCGCGCUCUCUGGUGCAUCAUACAAAUAAGAGAAAUUUAUUUUUAGAUACUGAGAGUGUAAAAGGAAGAGGCGGAGGGGAGAGACAGAAGAUCGUACUAUUGUUAACCAGUUGAAGGGCGUAGACAGAAAGAACAGAUCUGAUUUUGCGAUAUCGAUGGGAUACCCGGCGUGCAAUACGCUCCGGAAACAUGAGGAGCAUGUGUAGUUGGUAUGUGCGGGAACAACUUGCCCGUAAACAAGAAUAGCGAGAGACUCCACGUUGAACAAUCGUGCGCUCAGUAUGUUAACACCGAUUACACCUAUCCACCCGAUCACACACGCGCAUCUCUAGUCGAUAUUAGUGGUCGUUAGCCGAACUAAGCGUAAAACUCGAGAGGAGAGAACAGAGGCGGCACAAACUCAAGCAGAAGGCAAGCACAACAAAGGAGACACAUACCUUCGGUAUACACAUUGUCAAUUAGAUUCAGACUGACUGCAGGGAUUGAACACGCAUAAACAGUUCGAUGUUCUUCGAUGUUUAGCUAGAAUUACAAAGUUGUCGUCGUCGUCAUCGUCGUCGUCCUCGUUAAAAUGAGAACAGCAUUGAGAACACGCGAGUCGACGCAUUUGAAUUCGGGCCAGUGGCGCAAACGUGAAGUGAUUAGCGGCUAAUGGGACCCAUUUGACAUUAUGAAAUAUUCUAAUAUAUGUAUAUAUAUAUAUACACAUUAUAUAUCAGUCAGUAGAGAAUGUGAGAGAGAAAAAGAGAAAAGAAGAUUAUUGGAGGUGAGACAAGCCGAUGUUGGUCUUUAGCGAAGAAUUAGCGCACCACUCUGCUGGUCUCGCUGCAAAAACCACGUAAUCAACACUGUGUGUACGCUAUGUUAUUGGUGUGCAAUCUGUCUUUUAAUGCAGUUAUAUUACAAACGAAUUAAUCGCAGCUGCUCGUGUGAGCGAAGGGAAAAAGAAAGAAAGAAUUCGUGUGUCUCGUUGAAAAAUAUCUGAAUGUCUUCGAUUGGGAACGCGCUCCGGGAACAUUAUAUCUUGCAUUUCGCUUCGCGCCGUUGGCAUGUACUGUCGUCGUGAAAAAGUCGCCAACAGUUAAUGAAGGUCGAAGCCGAUCGUUCGCUCCUUCCAUCUUCUGUAUACGGAGAGAAUUUUAUAGUAAAAUUUAUUAUAAAAUUUUGCAACAGAGAGAAAUAGACCGACAUUCUGUCGUAGUUGACUGUCCUUUCAUUUCAUAUGUGUUAUUUACACUUUAGGGACUAAAACGUGCUAAUUAAAAAUGUUGCUAUAUUUUUAACAAAAUUUACUAUGUUCUUUAGCAAGAUCGACCUUGCUGGCAGCCUAUUUCUGCACUAUUACAAACAUAGAAAAAUUUAAAAGAAUUUAUAUGUAAAGAAAUUAUAAUAUUCUCUCCGAGUAUAUUUCAUCAAAACGGAGGAGAAUCGAUCGCGUGUCAGCUUAACUUGAGGCGAUGUUUAAGGAAACGGCCCACCACCACUUCCGUUGCAUAAAUGUUCGAUUGGCCCUUAUUAAUAGUAGAAAAAACGACAUUCAUAGAAUUGUUCUUACCACGCGUAAAGCCUAUUUGUUUUGAAAAGACGCGAAGCUUCGGGAUAAUCGAUGUGACGUUCGUAGUGAUUUCUAUGUCGAGAUCUUGAGUUUCAGUGGCAAUCAUAUAGCUGGCGGCGCAGUGAAGUUUUGUUGUGAAGCAAGAGCGCGAUGUAAACCAAGAGCGAAGUUUCAUUCGACAAUUGAACGGCGAAGUUCCAAUAUUUGCGAGCAUAUCGAUGUAAGAGGUAAUAUUCAGUACAACCAAAUCGAUUACAGAGGUCCGACGCAGUGCGUUGUACGUGUAAUUGAGAUAUAUCUCCGCUGUGCGUUACGCAGAAAGAAAGAGCGAUGCGCUCUGUCGCAGUGGAUUAGACUCCACCGACGAUAAAUCCAUUUGUGCGAAACUUUAGAGAGUUAUCGAGGGUGCUUGUAAAAUAGGCACGCGAUGUAUCCGCUGGAGAGGAGAACAAUUGCGCCAAUGUAUAUAACGUAAUUCUAUGAAAUACCGUGUCUCGUACAUGUAGGCAAGCAAGCGCUGGAUACUGUGUUAACGAUAACGAUGCAUGACUGAUGAACUAAAAAUGCGCGCGAAAGGGAAGAGGGAAACGGUCAAGGCACCACCUCUUUCGCUUGCUAAUUGUGUCAGAAUGUAUGUCGGGAAGCAAGUACUGAAAGAAAGAGAUACUAUUUAUUAUAACACGUCGAUAUGAGAGAUCCUGAUCAAGGCGGACAUUCGGCACAAGUCCAGCUGUUUCAUAUGUUUGAUUUGAACGAAUUAAACGCAGAAACAAUAGCGAAUUUUUCUUUGUAACAGUGGCGCCGAGAGAGAGAGAGAGAGAGAGAGAGAGAGAGAGAGAGAGAGAGAGAGAGAGAGAGAGAGAGAGAGAGAGUUCGCAUAGAACAAGAUUCAGGAUAGCUAUUUAUGAUAUGAAAAUACAAAAAGAGAAACAAAUGCAAAAUAUGUAACACUA